UCUUAGGGCCCAUGUGACUCCAGGCAGCUCACAUCAGGAGCUACGCUGAACAAAAUGCAGGUCUUCACUGGAGCAAAAACAAUGUCCUCAAGUAAAUAACACAGGGGCAUGAAGUAAUAGUCUAUCUUACCAGCAAUCUGAGGUGGUCUGUGGAUAUUAUAUUGACUUUGUGGAUCAUUUAUUAUUUGUCUAAUGGAUUAUUGGAAGAGAGACAAUGGAAUUUUAAAACAACCUGACAUCUUUCACCACUUGUGAGAAGAGGAUCUCAGAGGAACCCACCCUCUUCACGUGGAUGACAACUUUAGGGACCACAAGUUCAGUUGGAAUUUGGAUGUGGUCUGGACGCAAGGUUGACAAUGUCUUCAUGCUGGACCAGUCACUGAAUACAGUUCAGGAUAGCCUGCGUGGGUCAGUCUGAGCCGCGAUGGGGAGUCGAGAUUGGGAGGUGGCGUUCGUCGUCAGGUUUGCCCUCUUGCUGCUGAUGAGGCCAGGAAUGCUGGCUAUGGAGAUUCCACAGGAUGUUCCUCAGCCCCCUACUAUCAUAAAACAGUCUGUGAAGGACCAUAUAGUGGAGCCCAGAGACCCUGUCGUCAUUGAGUGUGAAGCUACAGGCAAUCCACAGCCAGCGUUCACCUGGACGAGGGAUGGGAAGUACCUGAACGUGGCGCGGGAUUCCCAGGUGACCAUGAGGCGGCGUUCCGGAACGCUGGAGAUCUUCUUCUACGGCAAGCCGGAGGACUACGAAGGGGAAUACCAGUGCACCGCCACCAACGAGUACGGUUCAGCCGUCUCCAGCAACAUCAACCUCAGGAUCUCCAAGGCGCGCUCGUGGCCAAAGGAGCACCAGGAGCCAUUGACGGUGUUCGUGGGAGAGCCACUGGUGUUGCAGUGCAACCCCCCUCCCGGACCCCCUGAACCCACUACCUACUGGGUCAACAGCUCGAUGGUGCCCAUCAAGCAGAGCCGUAGGGUGUCCAAGGCGGAGAACGGAGAUCUGUAUUUUGCCUACGUGCUGCCAGAGGACGCCAACACAGACUACUGCUGCACCGCACGCUUCCCCUACUCCUACACCAUCCACCAGAAGAGCGCUGUCAUCCUACAGGUACUGACAGUACGCAGGCCGUCUGAGAAGGCUCCCGCUUUCAUGUACCCGCCGAAGAAGGCCACCUCCAAAACUGUCCUCGUGGGGGAGGAGUUUGUGGUGGAGUGCUUUGCAACAGGAGUUCCUCCUCCAGUGAUGAAGUGGACUAAGGACUGGGGCGAGGUGUCCCUGGAUGGAAAGCGACUGGAGAGCUUCAACAAGCGGAUUCGUAUCCUGUCAGCCACCGCUGAGGACGCCGGAGACUACACCUGCACCGCCUCCAACAAGAUGGGAUACGUGGAGCGCACCAUUCACGUCACUGUCAAAGGUGCUCCAUUCUGGUUGGAGAAGCCGAAGAAUCUGAUUCUGUCCCGGGACGCCAGUGGAAGGAUGACGUGCCAAGCAGAUGGCAUCCCCCGACCCACCAUAAAGUGGCUCAUCAACGGCAUGCCAGUGGACGAGGCGGAGCCGGUGCCAGGCAGACAGGUGUCGGGGGAGACUCUGAGCUUCAAAGGCGUGACGGAGGCCACCACAGCUGUGUACCAGUGCAACGCCUCCAACCCCUACGGCUACCUCCUGGCCAACGCAUUCAUCAGCGUCAUGGACCAGCAGGCGCGUAUCCUGGGCCCCAGGGAUCAGCUGGUGAAGGUCAUCGAAGGUCGAAAGACGGCGCUAGACUGCCCUUACUUUGGAGCCCCCGCCCCAGAGCUUAACUGGUCAAAGGGUGGAGUGGGAAAGUUAGAGGGUGGUCGCUACAAGGUCUACAAAAACGGAACACUGGAGAUCCGCAAGACGCGAUUGGACGACCAUGGCACGUACAUGUGCAUCGUCAGCAACAUCAUUGGUCGAGACGAAAACCAGGUCACGCUGGAAGUAAAAGAGCCCACUCAGGUCUUCCAGAAGCCCCAGAACGUGGUGAUUCUGCGUGGCGGAGAUGCCAAGUUCGAGUGCGCAGUGAAGCACGACGAGAGCAUGAUGCCCUCUGUUCACUGGGAGAAGAACAACAAGACCCUGUACAUCGGGCGGAGGAUGAUAAAGGAGGAGGAGUCUCUGACCAUCCUGAAUGUCAACAAGGCGGACGAGGGUCUCUACAGCUGUGUUGUCAAAACAGAACUCGAUGACAUCAUAGUGUCCGCUCGACUCAAAGUCAUGGAUCGUCCUGAUGCGCCGACAGACCUGGAGAUAUCAGAGCCCUCGGAGCGUAGCGUGCGGCUCACCUGGAAACCCGGCGACAGCAACCACAGCCCAAUCAGAGAGUACCUGGUUCAGGUGAAGGAGGAAUGGUGGUUCCCCUCGGCGUGGAGUAACCUGACCUCGUAUCCCGGCAACCUGAACUCGGUGGUGCUGCAGCUGUCUCCGUAUCUUAGCUACCGCUUCCGCAUCAUCGCCGUCAAUGGUAUCGGCCAGAGCCAGCCCAGCCGCGCCACCGACUACUACCAGACUGGCGGAGCAGUGCCAGAUGCCUACCCGAAGAACAUCAAAGGAGUGGGGAGUGGGCUAUGGAGAAACAACAUGGAAAUCACAUGGGAGCCUCUGCCGGAGCGUGACUGGAACGGGCCCUAUCUGCAGUACAUGGUGUGGUGGAAGAGGCGCGAGUCCAAGGAGGAGUGGAAGAACGUGACCACUAGGUGGUGGUGGCACACCAUCUACGACACCGACACCUUCACCGCCUACGAGAUCAAGGUGCAGGCCAUCAACUCCUUUGGCUACGGACCAGAGUCGCCCGUCGUGAUCGGAUACUCGGGGGAGGACCGUCCUCUGGAGGCUCCAUUGGAGCUGAGUGUGUUUGAUAUUGAGAGCACAUCUGCUACUGUUACCUGGCAACCUGUGGUCGCCAGCAGCAUCAUGGGAGAACUCAAGGAGUACAAGGUGUACUUCUGGAGGGAGAGCAGCCAGCUGCCGUGGCUGAGUGUCAGUCGGAGGACUAAGUCCAAAGGUUUCGGCUCGUCGUCGGGCGAGCGGCUCUCGGGGGAGGUGACUGGGUUAAUCCCUUACAGCAACUACCGCAUGUACAUAGUGGUGGCCAACAACCGCUACGAGGGGCCUGCCAGCGCCACCAUCGAGUUCCAGACGCCAGAGGGAGUGCCAUCAGCUCCGCGCUCCUUCAAGAUCCAGCAUCGCCACCUGGACACCAUCUAUGUGGAGUGGGAGAGGCCUGCAGAGCCCAAUGGCAUUAUCACCGGAUACAUACUCAGAUACCAGCAGUUAAAUGCCAGUAGAGGAGAGAAGAUCCGCGAGGAGCAGUUCACACCCAAUCACACCUACUUCUCCGUGCAGCGAUACGACCGCUACACGCGCUACAAGUUUUCCGUUGCCGCACAGACAGAGGUCGGCACCGGGGAGUUUUACACAGAGGAGUCGCCGCAUUUCACAGAAGCGUACUCGACUGAUCAGGUGGACCUGGCCACUCAGGGCUGGUUCAUCGGGCUGAUGUGUGCCAUCGCCCUCCUCGUCAUCAUCAUGCUGGUGGUGUUCUUCAUCAAGAGGAGCCGAGGGGGCAAAUACCCAGUGAGAGACAAAAAGGACUUUUCUCUGGAGCCAUUGGACGAUAAGGACCAGGAGGGCACAUUUGAUUAUCGGAUAACUCGUGUCCCUACGCUACCCUACACCAGGCGGGAGGAGGAUAUGCGUCAGCUGCAUGCUUCUCGGCGGCGUGACUCGGACGACAUGAUCCGGCGUACGGAGAGUGACGACAGCCUGGUGGAGUACGGGAACGGAGGAGCGAUCGACUUCAAUGAGGACGGCUCCUUCAUCGGGCAGUACACGGGCGUCAGCAAGCACGAGCGCUCCGACAAGUCCGAGUACCACGACAGCUCCGAGGCCACCUCGCCGACCAACACCAUGUACACACUGGCGUAGAGGCCCCCACACCAGCCAAUACUAUACACGUUGGCAUAGAUACCCUCUACAGCCAACCUUAUAAACACACUGGACUAGAAGAACCAUGACGAUGACGACUCCGAGGCCACCUCGGCGGCUCAACACCAUAUACACGCUGGCGUAGAGGUCACUGCACCAGCCAAUACUAUACACAUUGGCAUAGAUACCCUCUACACAGCCAACAUUAUAAACACACUGGACUACCAUGACGGCUCCAAGGCCACCUCACCGGCCAACACCAUGUACACUCUGGCAUAGAGAUCAUCUCCUUUGCCGAUACAAGGAUACAAGGAUGUUUAUUCGUCAGAGACACUUUCAUGUCACAUGUAACGAAACACUAUACACUUUGGCCAACACCAUAUACAUAUUGGCACUGAAGCUAACACAACCCAGUAUCAUCCCAACUCGUCAAUUUCUGACUACCAGACUGCAGUUUUUGAGGUCAAGGGCAUACCUGCCAUGUCACAUGUUGACUUUGUGGCCAAAACAUAGGCCUUUCUCUAACCCUAACCGUCAGUCAAAUAGCCAUGUCUGGGUGUCCGCCAUAGCAGGUGACAACACACAUUUGUGGCUGUCCAACCAAGGGUUCCACUCAGCUGUGAGGUGGGCGGUGGAGAGUGAAUGGAUCGCUGGUUGCAUUUUCCAAUGGAGAUGUGUAGAAGUACAGUACUGAACUCUCACCUUGGUUUUUAAUGCUUGACCUUGACUCAGUUGGUUGCUACAAAAAAGUGUUGUGAAUGAAAUGUGUUGCAAGCUGGCAGAGGCGCAUCUUGUCACCAGGCUAGGCAGGCAGCUGCUUGGGGCCCCCAAGCCACCACAUGGUGAAAAACAGCUCAACUUUAAACUAUAAUAGCACGAUUUCUUUCGAAUGUUCAUUCUUUUUGGUUUUUUGCUUGGGGCCCCCACUGACACUAGAAUCCCCUCUGCAAGCUGGAGACUGUACAGUGUUUUUCCCUUCAUAACCCCUUUCAUGGAAGUGAUAAAUCCAUUCCAUGCGCUCAAUCCUGUUGUUAUCUUCCAGAACUAAAGAGCACAGAAGCGGUUACGCAACAGGCGGGCCUCUGCGCAAACGGAAGGUGAUAGUUUUAUCAUGUUGAUAACGACCAAGACUAGGUGACGGGAUUUGAUGGGAAUUCGAAGCAUUUCAAGUGUUAACGGCUCGGCCAAAGUUCUUCUGUCAGAUAUUUAUUGUCCCUUGCAGCUUAUGUGUUUUAACUUUUUUUCUAUCAGCAUAUUGUUUUAUCGGCCUAAGCUUACUAAUGAUGUUCGUAUGAGGUAGUACCUUUGCACACAGAACAUGCUGAUUCUCACUAUUUUCAUGGUCUUGAUAACUGAGGCGUAGGAACACUAGUGUGUAUUAAUGCAAAAGAGAAGUAUCUUUUUUAUACACGAUCACCAUUCCAUCUCGUUAUUCAAUGGGCAACAUCAGUACCCGUCAAUGCUGUUACAAAGAUGCAAUUUUGAAUUAGCUGAUAUCGAAAGGUCAGGAUUCCAGAUGACUUAAAUGAAAUUCUUACAUUAUAACACAGUGUUCUGUGUUGGCACUGAUAGUGUUAUAUUGCAGUGUUUUUUUUUAUCAUUUAUGGCUUUACAUUUUUGCAGAGACUGAUAUGGAGAGCCCAUUCAGAAGUUAGAAACAGGCUCUACUGUGACAAGCGGCCUUUACAUCAACUCCUACCAUACUAGU